UUGCCGUGGGAUAAGUAUUGCGAACUUUUAUAUCAGUAUUGUAUUCAGUCCUGCGACAUUCUCAACCCUUAUGCAGCUUUUCGACGCCAACUGGAUAUUACUAUUCCAUACAAGUGGGAGGAACAGUUUGCUAACAUUGAACGAGUAUUUGAGAGAAAAGAAGGGCCGCCAGUCCAAAUGUUAGAGAUAAAAAAUGUUACUGACAACGAUGUUGAGGACAAGGUGUUUCGACUACAAGUGUUAGUGGCUCUCAUGCUUUCAUAUCAGAAUUUGCCAGAUGCUGUUACUUCUGCUAUGCAGAAGUUACGCGAAUUCGGUUGCAACGUAGAACAACUUAGGGCAGCGACAUCUGAUCGUAUUUCAAAGUGUCUGUUUCCUCUUAGGUACUACAGGCAACGGGCAGAGGAUAUUAAAAAAACAGUUGAGAUUUUACACGAAAAAUACAAUGACGACAUCCCUGAAACAUUGCAAGAUUUAUGGUCGCUACCAGGCGUAAAACCGAUUACUGCUCUACUUGCCUCACAAUACGCAUGGAAGAGGAUAGAAGGCAUUGCCGUACACUUACGUUUGCACUUAAUUUCGAACAGACUUGGUUGGACUUGUACUAGUACCUAUGAAGAUACCAAGGACGCGCUUGAGAAGUUUGUUCCGCGUGGAAAGUGGGGUGUUAUUAGUGAGGCGACAUACUGGUUUGGAACACGCAUUUGUUCAUUCCGCCCGAAAUGUAUGUCUUGUGUUAACAAAGAAAUUUGUCCAAGAUUACAUGCUAGGUAUUUAGAUGACUAA